AGUUAUUCCCACGCGGUGUUGGCAAAAAGCUGAAAUUAGAAACCCAGUUUGUGUCUGAAGCUGCUCUUCACCAAUGGUGUCGUUGUAUAACACUGGAGUGGAAUUGGGCAAUGUAUUGGUAGGAUCAGACCUAUUAAAUCAUUCAUGGGAUGCAAUUUCGAAGCUUCAAAAAGAUACUCUUUUGGUGGAUCAGAACCAAUCUCUUCCUUUCUCUGCUAAAUACCAAGUUUAUGACUAUCCACCAACAAAGGGUUCUAUUAUCGCUUUUGUAUGCUCACCCAAUUGUGCUGUAAAUCACUUGCAAGAAGAAGAGUUUAGAGAGCUUGUUUCUUCUGAUGCAAUUACGUCCUUUGAUUUUCUCUGCACUAAAAGUAACAGUUCCGUUUCCCUUCAUAAAGCUGCUUUUACCCUUUUUGCUUCUCUUGAGAAUGAGCUCUCUCUUCUCAAACACCAGGUACACUGCCUUAAAUUGUUUAUAAUUUCCCCUUCUUCUUUCAUGUAUAUUGCGUGUUAGCGUUUUGAAAUUUUGAAUAUAUAUAUUCUCUGUGUUCCCAAAAUGGAACAAUUUGUUAGUCAAUUGGAGUCGAUUGAAAAUGUAAUCUUUAGUUGAUCAUCUAAUUUGUGUUAAUGUAGAGAAUAUACAGAUUAAAGUUA